AUGGCCGCCCCUACCGAUAUCACCAUGAAGAACCUGAAUGGAACAUGGGAAUUGGACUCAACCAAGUCCAACCCCACAGACCCCAUUCUUGCUCUGCAAGGCAUGGGCUGGAUUAUGCGCAAGACCCUCUCCCUGGCAACAGUGACAAUCCACAUCCACCAGUACCAAGACAAGGAAAACCCCUCCGUCACCGCCAUCGACGCCCAACAAGUGAUCACCGGCGGCAUCAAAGCCUCGCCCGAGGAGCGCCGCCUAGACUGGGAACUGCGCGAGCGCGAAGAUGCCGUCUUCGGUCGUCUGAGCAGCCGCUCCCGGUUCAUCGGUGGCAAGGCUGAGGGCGACGCUAUCCGUCCUGUUCUCGAUGUGCAAACUUCGACCGGUAACCCCGAGGAAGAUGCUAAGGUGCAGAAGUUCCUGGUUGGGGAGAUUCUGGCUGAUGGAUCUAAGAGUGAUGGGUUUGUUGGCGAGGAGGGCGAGGAGGCGUUUUUGCAUAGUUUUGUGCAGAGUCUGGAGAAUGGGUGGACUGCUGAACAGGUUUGGGGCUUUGAGAUUGUUGAGGGGGAGAGACUUCAUGCUCGUCGCAUUGCUGUUGCUAAGGAUGGGAAGGUUGAGUAUGCUCGGCUUGUGUACUCUUUCAAGGAGCGUCGUGCUGAGGCUUAA